CUUAGUGGUUUAUAUAGCAAAUUUUGACAAUCAAUGUGAUUAUACAACUUAUUAUUCUACAAACAUGAAAGUCAGAAAAUCCGAUUGUAACUCUAAUUAUUUAGAAACGAAGAGAGCAAAAUAAAAUUAGAAUUAAAAUUACAAUUUCCCCUCAAAGGAGACAAGACCAUCUAACAAACUCCGAAGCACCGGGGUUCAUCCGCUUAGCAACCAGUCAACCACCAACCCGCCAAAUGGCAGCAACCCCCCACCGCCAUCUUCUCCAACCCUGCAAAAACCCCGCCAUCUCUUCUUCUGAAACCCUAAAACCCUCUUCUUCAUUUUCUCUUUCCUCAAACCCAUCAAUUCCAUUGAUCAGAAGAAGAUUACCCACAUUCCGAUGCGAUUUCCAAAACCGACGGAAAUGGAUGAAUGUCGAUCAUCACAUUUCUAAACUAAACCCAAUUCAAAUCGUCCCCAAUUCUCGCAGAUUUCAAAUGUCUUCAAAUCAGGAGAAUUCCGUCGAGUUUUCGAAGAAGGUUUGCCUUUUCUAUUGCCCUGAAACUAAAGCUCUUGCUGAGAGAAUCGCCGCUCAAUCAGACGCAAUUCAACUUCGUAGCAUCUCCUGGAGGACUUUUGAAGAUGGCUUCCCGAACCUGUUCAUAUCUAAUGCUCAAGGUAUACGUGGGAAACAUGUCGCUUUCUUGGCAUCAUUCAGUUCCCCUGGUGUAAUAUUUGAGCAACUGUCAGUGAUAUAUGCUCUGCCAAAGCUUUUUGUUGCCUCCUUCAAACUUGUCCUUCCCUUUUUUCCUACUGGAACUUCUGAGCGGAUGGAAGAUGAAGGGGAUGUUGCAACUGCCUUCACUCUUGCUAGGAUUUUGUCAAAUAUACCAAUUUCAAGGGAAGGACCUACCAGCUUGGUGACAUUCGAUAUACAUGCCUUGCAGGAAAGAUUUUACUUUGGGGAUAAUAUAUUGCCAUGCUUCGAGAGUGGAAUUCCUUUGCUAAAAAAGAAGCUGCAACAACUUCCUGAUUCUGACAACAUAACUAUUGCUUUUCCUGAUGAUGGUGCAUGGAAACGGUUUCAUAAGCAGCUGCAACAUUUUCCUAUGAUUGUGUGUGCAAAAGUUCGAGAAGGUGAUCAACGUAUUGUUCGUCUGAAGGAAGGUGACCCAACAGGUCGUCAUGUUGUCAUUGUUGACGACCUAGUACAAUCGGGUGGCACCCUUAUAGAAUGUCAGAAAGUAUUGGCUGCUCAUGGAGCUGCAAAGGUCAGUGCAUACGUCACACACGGAAUCUUUCCGAACAAAUCAUGGGAACGCUUUAAACCUGAUACUGCAGGUUGCCCUGAGGAGGGGAUGACACACUUCUGGAUUACAGAUUCUUGUCCCCUGACAGUGAAGAUGGUGAAGAACAGGCCUCCUUUUGAAGUCAUUAGCCUAGCCGGAUCCAUAGCUGCUGCUCUUCAGAUUUAACCAUGUUGCUAAAAUUAGCACAUAAUAAUAGAGCAUAGACUGGGUUGUAACUCGCCUGGAACGAUUUUGUGUUGUCAAUAUGAUUUGUUGCAUAUUUUUCUGAUAUCUAUAAGAGUUUUUUGGUCUUUCAUAGAUUGUAAAUUGUUGGCAGCAUUUUAGUAGUUGUGUAAACAGCCAAGUUCUAUGAGAUAACAUAAAUAUAGUCUUCAAAUUCUUUUUCAAUCUAUCCAAAA